AUGAAAAUUCCCCGCAAGCCGUUUUGGUCUCUGAGUAACUGCCGGAAAGGACUGUGGGCAGCUACCGGAAAGCGGCGCGGCAAUUACUCUCAUAGUCAUACGGAGAUUACCCGCUGGUCGCAUCGUUUCUUCCGCGACAAAGACGUUGAAAACUUAGUGUUCAGUGCGCUCGUCCUGUCCACUCGAGUGGUCACCAUGCCUUCCCUUCCGCGCUCACAUUCACUAUCUGCAUACACGGAUGGUGUAAACAAUUUAUGCGACGACAAGUUUAACCCUGAAAGUAAAAAUGCACUUUUUUGAAUUUCUUAAAAUAUAUUUUAUCCACUUUGCGUUAGCUUGGGUGAAGAUUACCACAUAAACUUUUUAGAACCGUCAUAAAGAGUCAUUAAAUCUUGUCUCAAACUAGCGCUGAAUGGAAUAUGAUCAUUUUGAAUUAAUUGAACUUCUUUUAGACAUUGAUGAGGAUUGA